UUCAAAGUGUUUGAAACCUGUGAGAAACAGGAGAGAGACGCAGAGACAGCGAGAGAGAGAGACGCAGAGAGAGAGAACGAGAGAGAGAUGGGGAGUUCAGUGAAUCUAGAAGACGUGCCAACGGUUGAUCUCAUGACGGAGACUCUCCGCCGCUUGAAAUGCUCCACCAAACCUGACAAACGCCUCAUUCUUGUCGGACCCCCUGGAUCAGGAAAAGGAACACAAUCUCCGCUCAUUAAGGACGAGUAUUGCUUGUGCCACUUGGCUACUGGUGACAUGCUGAGAGCAGCUGUGGCUGCUAAAACUCCUCUUGGCAUCAAAGCCAAGGAAGCUAUGGACAAGGGAGCACUUGUUUCUGAUGAACUGGUUGUGGGGAUAAUUGAUGAAGCUUUGAAGAAACCUUCAUGUCAAAAAGGAUUUAUUCUUGAUGGGUUUCCGAGAACUGUGGCCCAAGCAGAAAAGCUUGAUGAAAUGCUUGAGAAACGAGGGGUUAAAGUUGACAAGGUACUAAACUUUGCAAUUGACGACACAAUUUUGGAAGAGAGGAUUACUGGUCGUUGGGUCCAUCCUGCAAGUGGUCGGUCCUACCACACAAAAUUCGCACCUCCCAAAGCUCCUGGCGUUGAUGAUGUCACUGGAGAGCCUUUGAUUCAACGCAAAGAUGAUACUGCAGCAGUUCUUAAGUCCAGGCUCGAUGCAUUUCAUAGACAAACUGAACCGGUUAUUGAUUACUAUAACAAGAAGAAUGUUGUUGCAAACCUUCAUGCUGAAAAACCUCCGGACGCUGUGUCAGCUGAGGUUCAUAAGGUGCUUUCAUAGGACUCGAGGUAGUUUAAAAUUACUUGAGUUGGACGAUAAAGAUCACAGAAUUUUGUCCUGUGCGAUUGGAAGUUAUGAGUCUAGUCGGCCUACUUUGUUUUAUCAAAAUAAUUAUCUAUAAACAAAACAUUCGAGUACUUCUACACCCUUGAGCGGUUGAUAAAAUGUCUGUGGAACCCCUCUGACACUUUCUCUAAUGAACAAAAUUAGAAUUUGCAGACAAGGUUGAAUCCUCUGAACAUUUUUAAGUGCAUUAAUUGAUUACAUAGUCUAUUGUAAAAGAAAAAUUGUACUUGUACAACUUGUCUAUUCCAUAACUUAGGUUUUUCGAGAUCAUACAGCAGUAAGGAAGAAAAUUCUGUAACGGAAAUGAAAUCGACCUAUCUGAGAACGCGCUCUGUGAUGAUAUCAGCAUGCAGAACAAUACAAUUAGCAGACCAAGUACUCAAUGGUUACCCUAUUAUGUCAUUACACAACACUAUUGCCAAUUAAAAACCAUCCAAGCUCAUUCUCUUUUUCAAAAUCAAGUUCAUAGAAGCCUCUUUUUAAUCGACCAAGUUACAAAGUAGAGGAACAUAGGUUUUUUCACCACUUCCGCUUCUUUUUAAUAACAAGUUAAGAAGUGGAGAAAUCUAGGAGGUGUUUGGAUCGUGAAUAGGAAUAAGAAUCAGAAUGGAAGGAGACCGUAAGAAAUGAUUUACUCUGCAAGUAGGAUUGGAGUUCCCAUUACAUAUCAUGAAAUCACAACAUAUGGAUUUGAGAUUCUGACUCCAUUAACUAAGAACCAAAUGGUUCUGACCAUGAACUCCAGUUAGAUUGAGGCAUGCUACACUUUUUAGUUAUCGGGAGAACUAGUACUCUCUCCGUUUCAAUUUAUAUGUCCACUUUUGAAAAAUAAAUUUGUUUCAAAUUAAUUGUCCACUUCAACUUUCAAUGCAAAAUCAUAUUUCCAAAAUCAUUUCUACUCCACAUCUCUAAUUUAUAUUUCGUAGAUCAACCUCAUACCACAUAUUAUGUUCAUUUAUUAUCUUUUGGAUUCAGGAGGAUUCUUCCAAUAUCAUCUCUGGCAGCGGGAAAAUCUAGUUAUGAUCUUAAGUAGUUUUAUCAUGAAACAACACAAACAAAAUUAAGACUGAAUUGGCGCGGAGCUGCGCGAACGCAGGCUCCACCUGUCACAAAUUAUGACGUAGGCUCCACCACUUGGGUAGACCUUAGGCGAGAGCCCUUCCUCAGUGCAAUGGAAGCCUCUAACCUAGGCCAUGG